AUGGUCAACGUCCUUACUACGACUGUCGGUGCAUUUAGACGGCUUUUCAACCUUCUGAAAGCCCUUGCUUCUCUCCUCUUUCUUGCCAUUUGGCUUACCAUCCGUGACCUCUACUACGUCCCAGACCAUGGUGGCGUCUGGCCGCCGUUUCAGGCGCCCGUUCAGGCCACCGACUCUCGUUCACCCUGUCCAGCGUAUGUUUCCGUAUCCUUUUCGCAACGCUAUACUAACACACCCAAGGCUCAACGCUCUUGCCAACCACGGUAUGGCGUCCCGCACCCGGAUCUAGUAGACAGGUUCCUCUCCCACGCCUCGAAUGGCAAAUCCCUCUCGCUCGACGACAUAGUCUACUUCUCUGGCCUCCGGCGCGCAGAGUGCAAACGUACCAACGGUCAAUACUCCAUGACGUGGAGCUGCCUGCACCAGUUCUUUGGUAGGAUUCCCUUUUUCCUUUUCAAUCAAGGCGUCGACUUCUCACCGCUGCAUUCCUGA